GCUCCUGUUCCCGGCCGGGCGCGCCGGGGCAGCGCGCAGGGGGACGGGCCGCCGCGCCGCGGGCACCAUGUGGGGCCGCGUCUGUGGCUGCGCGGCGCGGGGCUCCGGGGCGCGGGGCUCCGGCCGCCUCGCCCUGCAGCUCCUGGCCGGGCCGGCGAGCGGCCGGGAGGCGGCGGGAGUAGCGCGGCUGGAGGGGAGGCCUCACAGCAAAAUACAGAAACUCUUCAGUACCAGCAGCGGGCUUUCUGCUGAGAAAGAUGAAUCCACCUCUUCCAAAGACAGCACCACUCAAGUGGCAUCAAAGAGGCAGGAGGGUACAGCAGAAACACCAAAGCAGAAGUUGUUAGACAUUAUUGGUAAUAUGAAAGUAGAAGUGAGCUACAGGAGCAAACUCCAACAGUUAAAAACACGAGAGAUGAAAAAGCAAGCCACAGACGAGCUGGAAGCCCCGGGGAGUGAAGGUAGUGUGCUUCGGAAAACUGCAGAAGACACCCACAGAGGCAGGCCUUUAAAUCCAGAGCUGGUAGAGGCUGCUUCUGCAGUCGCAUCUUCCCUACCACUCAACAAGAAACAGACAGAAUCAGAACUACUUGCACAACUACGACGACACGAAGAAACCACAGAUAAACAGAAAAAGGGGGGAAUUAUUGACAUCCGCAACGUUAUUUCAGAAAUGGCAGCUAAAAGGCAGUCCCCAGCUCAGAGAGCUGUGAGGAUAUCCAAUCGCAUUUCCUUGGAUUUGGAUGAGGAUGGUCAAAGAGUCAAGCCUGGAAGAUUGUCACCUCAGUCUUUUGAAUCCAGAAGAACUCUCAAAGUAGGAAAGAGGCUUAACAUAUUCACUAAGGCUUCUACAGAAACAGAAAAUGCACUGAAAACAGUAUCUUCACCAACAAUUUGGGAUCUGGAAUUGUCAAAGGAGAUUGCAGCAGUAACUGCUCAGCCUCCCCGAAAUGGUUUUGAGGAGAUGAUCCAGUGGACAAAAGAAGGAAUACUGUGGGAGUUCCCAGUUGACAAUGAAGUUGGGAUGGAGGACGAUGCUGAAUUUCAUGAACAUAUCUUUCUGGAGAAACACCUUGAACCGUUCCCCAAGCAAGGACCUAUUCGCCACUUCAUGGAAUUAGUCAUCUGUGGGCUUUCAAAAAACCCAUACCUCAGUGUGAAGCAGAAGGUUGAACAUAUCGAGUGGUUUCAGAAGUAUUUUGAGGAAAAGAAGGAACUUCUUCAAGAGAUUUGAGACUUGGGAAACUGCUUAACCUUGAAAGGAGGAAUCAUUACAUCAAAAUUGAUUAUUUCUUGCCAUGGAAAUGUUGUCAGUGCAUUGUAAUCAUGUGACCUGCAAGUUGUAUUUUAAAUAAUAAACUGAAAGGUCAUACUUUCA